UCCAUCUCCUUACGCAUCACCCAAGAGUGGCAGAGCAUCGGCCUCAGCCUGGGCAUCGGCUACGACCAGCUGGAGCGAAUCCGACUCCAGCACAGGGACAACUUUGGGGGCCAGGUACUGGCGAUGCUCUUUCAUUGGGCGAGAGGGCAGCAGGGGGCGGGGCCUGGGGCGGUGCAGCGGCUGGUGAAAGCACUGGCGGACAGUGGCCGGCGGGACCUGGCGGAGGAAGUAGAGGACGUAGUGUCUCUGGGAAAGAGGAAGUAUGAGGAAUCACUGAAGCGAGUCGGGCUGGAGACCCCAGCAGCGACCUCUGCAGACCCUCAGUCCAGCUGACACACACACACACACACACGGUCGUGCUGAGAGCGGAUGCCAAGAGCAUGACAAUCAGCAGCACUGGAGACACUAAUGACACACAUGGACAUACAGUUCUCACAGGUCUCAGAUCAGCUCUCAGUGUCCAGCUUUAUUCAUAAUGAGACGCGAUGAAACACUCAAAUGGACCUUAUUCCUGUUACAGGUUCAACAAUCCUCCCAAAAAGGGUCAUAUUUCAUCUCAAAAUCAAUUAAAAAUGAAUGAAAUUAAACUAUCCUAUUAGGAAACGGGCAGAAAAUAUAUUUUGCUCAAGGAAAUUAAGCCAAUAAUAAUUGUUAUUGUUGCAUUUUCAGUGUAAGCCCAUUUUAUCUCCAAAUUCUCUUUACUGUAACGCUUCCAGAUUUUAACUUAUUUCUAUUGUCAAUAUUUUCAGUCGCGAUCCUCGUCGCUGUAAUACAGUAUUUUUUAAAUUAUUGCAAUAACAAUAUGUGUGUGUAUGUGUAUAUAUAUAAAUGUAUACAAAAUUAAAUUUAUAUAUAGAUUGGUCAGACAAAUUUUGAAUCUUGAAUGGUCAGACAAAUAAUUUUUUUGCAUUUAGUCAAUGAGAAACUGCCUAUUUCACAUGAAAUAAUUGCACAAAAGAAUAUGCAAAAAAGAAAAAAAAUGUAAGUCAAAAGUGGAUUUAUACAAUAACAGUAGUAGUUUUACCAUUUUUUAAAAAUUAAAAUAAAUUGAACACAGCAUGUCACAAAUUAAAUGUGCAAAUAUUGUUCAAUUAAAUAAUAAUAAUAAUAACAGAUGAUAAUAAUGCAAAUAAUAAAACCACAUUGUCAUAACCUUUAGAAAUCAUAUACACUCUAAACAAUGCUGGGUUAUUUCAACCCAAAUUUGGGUCAAAUAUGGACAAACCCAAAUAAAAAUGCAAUUAAAAAUGUACAGUUGAAAGUGAAAGUUGAAAUCACAUUUUUAACCCAACAUUUGGGUUUGUCCAUAUUUGACCCAAAUUUGGGUUCAAACAACCCAGCAUUGUUUAGAGUGCAAGAUACAGAUAUCAUUUCUCUGUGUGUGUGUGUAAAUGGCGUUUUAAUUAUUAUUAUUAUUAAUUUUUUUUUUUUUUUUUGCUUUACGUACAUGACAAUUUGAGGUAAAAGGGGCUUAUUUGUCAUGAAAUUAAUGCAAAAAUAAAAAUAGGCUUAGUCUUUAUGCAAAAUCAAAAUGUGAUGUAUGUUGUAGUGCAGUGUUUGCAGGACAGGAGUGUUCUUGACAGUCAUCCUCAUCCUCGUGACAUCUGGACAAUCCAAACUACAUGAUUAAAUGAGUGAUGUUCAUGCUAA